CACAACGAGCAGAAAUGCCCCGAGUACCAGGAAUUAGUAUCAGGCGAGAUUGGCGGGUUCUGUCAGGGCCGUGACCUUCUUUCGCAUGUGUAUUUACUCGCAUCUGCUUCGAAAUCACCGAACAUAGCGCAAUGAAAGCGACGUUACGCGUUUCUUUGGAAGUUCAGUUCCUUCCAUGGGAGACGAUCGCCGAAGCACUCGCUCGCCAGAACACCCUGGUCGACAUAUCAAAACACACCAAAGUCAGCAUGCGUUCGUAGAACUCUGCUGCUGACGAAUGGUUCUGAGGAAGCGAAGCUUCGAAGCAUGUCAGUAUAAAGGACGAAACGUGCGCUUUUGUGUGCGACGACCACAAACUUCAACCCUUGCCGACUACGGGCACUAUCUGGCGCCUAGCUGCACAAUGUUCGGAGGCCGUCUGGCAGUGGCACUCAUCGUCGUCUUGCUACUGAACCUGACGGCGACUCAUCCGAUAUGCUACUCAAGAGAGGGUCCCAGCCAUUGUUAUUACUUCUGCGAAGAUUUCACCAGGGCUCAGGACUUCCUACAAGUAGACCCCUACCAUGCGAAGAAUUGCACAUAUUUCAUUCUCAAGGACAGUUCUUUGGAGCAUUUGCCUUCUAGCGCUUUUGUCGGCACUGGAAUUUCUGUGCUGCACUUCAGGAACGUCAGCGUAGGCACAUACGGCGAUCGGCGGAGGAUCGCAGCGAGUCCGUUCGAUGCCCUCAAGGAUUCGCUGCGCAAGCUGAUCUUCAGCGACCAACCGAAGGCCCUCGAGUCCUGGAGCCUGCUACGCGGGCUCAAGAGACUGAACACACUCCUGCUGCUGAACGUGAGAGAGGUAAACCUGACGGCUGACUUCAACCAUCUGCCGCCAAGCGUGAAAGAGAUCCAAGUUCUGGGAGCACACAUAGAUCGAGUCGAUCAAGACUGGCUGGCCGAGCUGCAUGGUCUGAACGCCGUCGCGGUCAAAGAGACGAACCUGGAGAGCGUAUCGAGGUCGAUGCUGCCCAGGCCUGCGCCAAAGCUGAUGAUCCUCGACUUGGCGGACAACCGUAUCACAUCGCUGCCUGAGGACCUCACCACCGAUAUGCCUGCACUGCGAGAGUUGGACGUCGGCUACAAUGAGAUCACGACGCUACAUGAAAGCACCUUGGCGCCACUGAAGAGAAAGAGAGGUUUCGUGAGAUUGAUCGGAAACCCUUUGACAUGCGACUGUCGGCUGGCGUUCCUCCUCACGUACCCGAAGGAGUGGAACUACUACCCAUGCGCCAAGCCGCUGUCUUUGGUGACCAGGUCCAUCCAGUCUCUCACGGCAGCGGAGCUAUGCAGUGACACCGGGGAUCAUGACCGGAGCAACGCCAUCUAGAACAGGGGACAUUUGAGCUCCGAGCCCUGACAUCAUAUAGCGGACCUUUACCAUUAGUGAUGGCGGCGAGCAGCAGCGCUUAUCCUGAUCUUUAAGUUUGCCAAGCCUCACCAGACAACGGUGAAAUCGGGCCACGUGUCGAACGUUGCAGCUGUAGAGGUUCUUAUAAGUAGCGAGAGAGACAAAUGACGCUGCAGUGCUGGUUCAUGCAUGGAAGUGCACAGAUGCGGAGGCUUCGGGAUGUCGCUUUUCUCACAGAGUCAGGACUCCUUGGGGACACGUUUGGCGACAACUGCUCCUUCCUUUACAAUAGUGGGGUCUCUGAUGAAGCACAUUGAAAGACACUGUUUAGCCUUUCUUAGAGUAUAGGAAUUGCUUUCAUUAAUACACGCGCACAAUAAUGUCGAACAUAAACGGUACCACUGUAUAGGGUCGCUAAAGUUCGAGGAAAGACGCGAAGGUACAACGCUCAGAGAGCGAUCAUUUCGAUUGUAUGUUUCAGUUUUCCUCGACUACUUGUUAUACUGCAUACCCGCAAGUUGUAAUGAAAGGUGCAUUAUAGGAGUGCUAAAGCUUGUUGGGAAGACGUAAUUCCAAAGAAGUUUCAUGGCUUUAUUAGCGCUGCCGUAUACCCAUAGCCGCCGUAAACAUAUUUUAUGCCAAGCCAGUUACAGCGCAGCCAUGUCGUUGUAUUACUAUCUGUUUUGUUGUCUAAAUCUUCCGCCUUUAGGAAGGACUUCUCUUUCGAAACCCAGUUAUUAUAUUCCCAGCUGAAUUACAGUCCAGCACGAAUAGCAAGAAGCAAACAGACUAUACUUUAGACUUUUCCAGGUCAUUUGACCAUGUCGCUCAUUGUCGCCUCAUAUAAAAUUUACCUGCCCUUCAAUUUUAGGCCCUUGACCAGAUGCUCAGUCGAGUUUCAAGGCCAUCAAGGCAUUACUGAACUUUUUAAAAAUUACCGGCUUGGAUUGCAGACUUUGAGCAUUGCAAAUUGCAUGCCAUAUGUUCUAUAUCUUCCUUGUACCGUCAUCGUCACCCAUCAUGCACCUCUUUCUUCCCUCUCUCUUUCCCUCUCCCCCUUCCCC